ACCGACAAUAAUUUAUAUAAUAUCCACCGACAGGCAUGAAAAUAUUUUAAUUUUAAUAGUUUAUAAUAAUAAAGCCAGUAGCGAUAUAUGAAGUGAGAAAGCAAAGGCAUACUGAACAAACAAAAUAUCACAAAAGGGUAUAGUUGAUGAUCCAAAGACUAUUAUGCCUGCCCAUGUGAUUUCCCAAUUUGGAUCUUGAAACCUCACUCUUAAAAAUCAAAUCUUGUGAAGUGGGGUUUAUUGGAAAAGAUGCAGGCAAAUGCUGGAUUGGUGGCUGGAUCACAUAACAGGAAUGAGUUGGUCAGAAUCAGACAUGAAUCUGAUGGAGGGCAACCGAAGCCAUUGAAGAAUUUGAACGGGCAGAUAUGCCAGAUUUGCGGCGACACCGUAGGACUAACCGAAAGCGGUGACAUCUUCGUUGCUUGCAACGAGUGUGCCUUCCCAGUAUGCAGGCCAUGCUACGAGUACGAAAGGAGAGACGGAAAUCAAGCCUGCCCUCAAUGCAAAACCAGAUACAAAAGACACAAAGGGAGCCCUCGGGUUGACGGUGAUGAGGAUGAGGAGGAUGAUGAUGACUUGGAGAAUGAGUUCAAUUACGAUCAAGGGAACAACAACGGUAGACGCCAUUGGCAGGGAGGACAGCAACCGGUUCCCCUUCUCACUAAUGGCCAGCAAGUCUCUGGUGAAAUUCCAAGUGUUACAGACAAUUUGUCGGUUAGAAGUACAUCGGGUCCGUUAGGUCCCGGUGACAAGCAUGUCCACUCACUUCCAUACAUCGACCCCAGGCAACCAGUUCCUGUAAGAAUUGUGGACCCGUCAAAAGACUUGAAUGCUUACGGCCUCGGUAACGUUGACUGGAAGGAAAGAGUGGAAGGCUGGAAGCUAAAACAGGAGAAAAAUAUUACGCAAAUGAACAACCGAUACGGCGGUGAAGGAAAAGGCGGUGGUGAGAUUGAACGCACCGGAUCCAAUGGAGAAGAAUUGCAAAUGGCUGACGAUGUGCGUCAACCGAUGAGCCGAGUGGUGCCGAUUUCAUCGGCUCAUCUUACUCCAUAUCGUGUUGUAAUCAUUCUACGGUUGAUUAUCUUGGGAUUCUUCUUGCAAUACCGUUGUAGUCAUCCAGUGGAGGAUGCUUAUCCCUUGUGGUUGGUGUCGGUUAUCUGUGAGGUUUGGUUUGCGUUAUCGUGGAUUCUUGAUCAGUUCCCGAAAUGGUUUCCUGUCGAACGUGAGACCUACCUUGACCGACUUCAAAUGAGAUUUGACAGGGAGGGAGAGCCGUCACAGCUGGCACCUAUUGACGUUUUCGUGAGUACGGUGGACCCGCUAAAAGAACCUCCGCUCAUCACAGCAAACACAGUGUUAUCAAUUCUAGCUGUGGAGUACCCUGUUGACAAAGUCUCUUGCUACGUGUCUGAUGACGGUUCUGCUAUGCUUACAUUUGAGUCACUUUCCGAGACUGCGGAGUUUGCAAGGAAGUGGGUCCCGUUCUGCAAGAAACAUAGCAUUGAACCCCGAGCGCCCGAGUUCUAUUUUGCUCAGAAGAUAGAUUACUUGAAGGACAAGAUUCAGCCUUCUUUUGUCAAGGAGCGCAGAGCAAUGAAGAGAGAGUACGAAGAAUUUAAGGUGCGGAUAAACGCUCUUGUAGCGAAAGCACAAAAGAUGCCAGAAGAAGGUUGGACGAUGCAAGAUGGAACUCCUUGGCCCGGAAAUAACCCUAGGGAUCACCCCGGCAUGAUCCAGGUGUUCUUAGGACACAGUGGAGGACUUGAUACAGACGGUAAUGAGCUACCACGUCUAGUUUACGUCUCUCGUGAGAAACGUCCCGGUUUCCAACAUCACAAGAAAGCUGGUGCUAUGAAUGCUUUGAUACGAGUUUCGGCGGUGUUGACAAACGGUGCGUAUCUGUUGAAUGUGGAUUGUGAUCACUACUUCAACAACAGCAAAGCUCUUAAAGAAGCCAUGUGUUUCAUGAUGGAUCCUGCAUAUGGAAAGAAGACUUGCUACGUUCAAUUCCCACAACGAUUCGACGGGAUUGAUUUGCACGAUCGAUAUGCUAACCGCAACAUUGUCUUCUUUGAUAUCAACUUGAAAGGGCUGGAUGGCAUUCAGGGGCCCGUUUAUGUGGGGACGGGUUGUUGUUUCAACAGACAAGCUCUUUAUGGAUAUGAUCCCGUCUUGACGGAGGCUGAUUUAGAACCAAAUAUUAUCGUCAAGUCCUGUUGUGGUUCACGAAAGAAAGGAAGACACGGUAACAAGUAUAUAGAUAAAAAGAGAGCAGCCAAAAGAACCGAAUCCACCAUUCCCAUUUUCAACGUCGAGGACAUGGAUGACGGUGUUGAAGCAGGAUAUGACGAGGAAAAGUCACUACUCGUGUCUCAAAAGAGCUUAGAAAAACGAUUCGGUCAGUCUUCGGUAUUCAUUUCCGCAACGUUUAUGGAGAUGGGAGGUAUUCCACCCACCACGAAUCCCGCUACCCUUUUGAAAGAGGCUAUCCACGUUAUUAGCUGCGGUUAUGAGGACAAAACCGAAUGGGGUAAAGAGAUUGGAUGGAUUUACGGGUCGGUGACGGAAGAUAUUUUGACGGGAUUUAAGAUGCAUGCAAGAGGAUGGAUCUCGAUCUACUGCAUGCCUCCACGCCCGGCAUUCAAAGGGUCUGCUCCUAUCAAUCUUUCGGAUCGUUUGAACCAGGUUCUUCGGUGGGCUUUAGGUUCCAUUGAGAUUUUACUCAGCCGACAUUGCCCCAUCUGGUAUGGGUAUAAUGGUAAAUUGAAACUCCUCGAGCGGCUCGCGUACAUCAAUACUAUUGUCUAUCCUCUCACCUCAAUCCCACUACUGGCUUAUUGUGUGCUUCCUGCUGUCUGUCUUCUCACCGGAAAGUUUAUCAUUCCCGAGAUCAGCAACUAUGCGAGCAUGUGGUUUAUUCUUCUUUUCAUCUCGAUCGCUGCAACGGGAAUCUUGGAGCUCAGGUGGAGCGGUGUAAGCAUCGAGGAUUGGUGGAGAAACGAACAGUUUUGGGUCAUCGGCGGGACGUCAGCGCAUCUUUUCGCAGUGUUCCAAGGUCUCCUCAAAGUCCUUGCAGGAAUCGACACAAAUUUCACGGUCACAUCGAAAGCAAGUGAUGAAGACGGGGAUUUUGCAGAACUCUACAUUUUCAAAUGGACCGCUCUUCUCAUCCCUCCGACCACCGUCCUUAUCGUGAACUUGGUCGGAAUUGUUUCCGGAGUCUCGUCAGCCAUCAACAGCGGCUACCAGUCGUGGGGCCCAUUAUUUGGGAGACUGUUUUUCGCCAUCUGGGUCAUUGUCCAUUUAUAUCCCUUCCUUAAAGGUCUCUUGGGACGUCAAAACCGCACACCCACCAUUGUUAUCGUGUGGUCCAUUCUUCUUGCUUCCAUAUUCUCGCUUCUGUGGGUCAGAAUCGAUCCGUUUACCGUCGAUGACAAGCUUGAUGCUAUACGAGGGCAGUGCGGGAUCGAUUGCUAGCUGCUGCUUUUGUUUGUUUUGGUAUAUACACACAUAUAUAUAAAAAAACAUCACUUUGUUUGUGAAAGCAGAAUGUGUGGGGAUUUUAUUUUAUUUAUAUUAGUAUAUGUGUAGAAGUUGUUAGUUUCAUUGUAUCUGCAUAUUUAUACACUUUAUUGUUUUAUUGGUGGUUAAUAUUUAAGUUUCAAAGAGAUGAAGUUGAACCUUGUUCA